UGAAGUUAAAACAGGAACUGUCACAGUGCACUGCAGUCUCAUAGAAGCAGCCAGCGAACAGGUAGUUGGGCAGAAAGGAGCACGCGUGACGCACCUCUGCCAAGAUGUGGAAGGCAGCUGUAGGGCACAAUGUGGCUGUGAAGGAGGAGUCCCAAGGAGAUGACUGGGACACCGAUCCUGAUUUUGUGAAUGACAUCUCAGAGAAGGACCAGAGAUGGGGAGCCAAAACCAUUGAGGGCUCUGGACGGGCCGAGCACAUCAACAUCCAUCAGUUGAGGAGCAAGGUGUCUGAGGAACAUGAAGUCAUCAAGAAGAAGGAGCUGGAGAUUGGGCCCAAGGCCUCUUAUGGAUACGGGGGCAAAUUUGGAACAGAGAAGGAUCGAAUGGAUAAGAGUGCACUGGGCCACGAGUACGUAGCUGAUGUUGAGAAGCAUUCAUCUCAGACAGAUGCAGCUAAAGGCUUUGGGGGGAAAUAUGGAGUCCAGAGGGACCGAGCCGACAAGUCAGCGCUUGGAUUUGAGUACAAGGGCGAGGUGGAGAAACACUCAUCCCAGAAAGAUUAUGCCAAGGGGUUCGGUGGCCGAUAUGGGGUGGAGAAGGACAAGCUGGACAAAGCAGCCGUGGGGUUCGACUACAAGAGUCAGAGAGAGAAGCAUGAGUCGCAGAAAGACUAUGCUGUGGGCUUUGGUGGGAAGUUUGGGGUGCAGAAGGACCGUCAGGACAAAUGUGCCCUCGGCUGGGAGCACCAGGAAGAGUUGAAGCAUCAUGAGUCCCAGACAGACUAUGCCAAGGGCUUUGGAGGUCGGUACGGUGUGCAGGAGGACAGAGUGGAUAAGAGCGCCGCUGGCUUUAAUGAGAUGGAAGCUCCAACUUCCUCAUAUGAGAAGACCAAACCUGUGGAGGCAGCCUCCAGUGGAGCCAGAAGCCUGAAGUCACGAUUCGAGAGCAUGGCCAAGUCAGCGGAUGAAGAAAAUAGGAAGCGGGUGGAGGAGGAAAGAGUGAGGCGCCAGGCCCGGGAGCAGCGGGAGUACCAGGCAGCCCAGCAGCAGCAGCAGAAGCAGCAGGAAACCCAGGAGACUGAGGAGGCGAACCGUAACAAGCCAGGUCCCACACCAGCUCUGGAACCCAGGAGGGUUUGCAAAGAACCAGCAAUGCUGCCUAGUCCACAGAGACAGCAGGCCAGAUCUGGAACUGGACUCGGGAGGGGUCAGCAGCAGCUGAGUGGGCAAAUGCCUGAAGCACAGCAAGAGGCAGACGUACAGGAUGAGGAACAGCCCCCUGCACUGCCACCGCGGCCCUCAGACCUGGGUGAAGGUUCCAGCAAGCUGCAUGAGGAGGAGGCCAUCUAUGCCGACAGCGUGGAUCUGCAAGGGGACUAUGAGGAGCUGCCAGAGCCCUCAGACGAUAACGAUGGUGCUGACGUGAGCAGAGACUACGAGGAGCUGCCGGAGCCCUCGAGGGAGUCGGAGGCCAUCUACGAUGAGGGUGUCGAUACGAGCGAGGACUAUGAGGAGAUCCCCCCAGAGAGUGCAUCCAGCAGCAUCAGGAACAUUCCCUGCCCUGAAGUAUGUGAGAAUGUGUACGAGGCGGACGAUGCUGGGAUUUCUGCUGUGGCUCUGUAUGAUUACCAAGGAGAAGGUGACGAUGAAAUUUCCUUUGACCCCAAUGACACCAUCACUCACAUCGAGAUAGUGGACGAGGGCUGGUGGCGGGGGCACUGCCAUGGCAGAGUUGGCCUCUUUCCAGCUAAUUAUGUGAAGCUACUUCAGUGAGACCUGCCAUUGCCUGAACCCCUCUGUGCUGCUACCUCUUACUGCUUCAGCGCUUUAUGUGUAGCUAGGGCCAUGUUACAGUGAGCAGCUCAGCUCAGCCCAGCACACCUGCAUGAGAGAGAAACUAACAAGAAAUGACAAAUAGGAUACUGGGGGGCAGGCUGGCCCAUGUGGGAGUGGGGGGUGGGUAGGUAAAUAAUGGGGCAUGGGGCCUUUCCCCUCUUGGAGGUGCCAGUUCCAAUCCAGCCCCAGGGUGGGGGCACUGGCUGCCCCAGGGGAAUGGGAUACAGGGCCUUUCCCUCUAGGUUCUCCUUUAAAAUGAACCCUUGGCUAGCAAUCAGCAAAGUCUUCCGCAUGUACUGUGUGGCUUAGCCCAAUUCCAGGGGCACCUGUAUCUGUGUAACAGAAACCAUCCCAUGCAUGGCAGCCAUCCCAGAGACCAAGAGCAGAAUAUGCCAUGAGGAACAAAGUCCUUGUAACGCUCCGAGGGGUUCAGCUCAGGCCAGGGUAAGGCACAACGGCAAGUAGGAGAGGGAGGCUUGAGAUUUUGCUGCCUGAGGGUAAAGAGGACUUCAGCCUCCAGGAUGGGGAACUGGGAACCUUUCACCUGCACUAAUCUCAUCAAGUUCUCCUGUGUUGAAAGUGUGAUUUUGGCCGUAACAUGCUGUUCCAUUAAAUGGGAGAUACCUGUGCAGAGGCAGACAAUAAAGGAUAAUCUUGCUAAGGCCUUAGA